UCUCAAAAUAUCUAGAUCUCAUCCAGGGUAGAGAAGAAUGGAUAUUUCGAAGAGAUCGAAGCGUCAUGAAUAGGUCAUACCUAAGCAUCGCCAAAUCACUUAUAAGCUGUAGGUAGCCAUUAUGGGACGACCAAACUCAUAGGAAUUACCUACCGAAUCCUGGACAGAUGUUCUUUUGAGAAAAUUGAGCGGACAUCCAAAAAACCAAAAAAUACCUAUCAUGAAUACCCUCAUCCAAUCUUCAGCUCGCGUAUCAAGACGCAGUGGAGGUACGACAAUGUCACCAUCACGAGUCUCACAGCAUCUGCGUAGAACCUACGCGACACAGCGUCCAACACUCCCAGAAGGCAGCAACAAGCCACUCAUGAUCGCCGCCAUCGUCGGCAUCCCAGCCUUGACGUACUUCAUGCUCCCCUCGCGUCCAGCCGCAGCAGGCAAGCCCGUAGCCAACCCGUCAAUCCGACCAAACCUCGAUCCAGCAGCACGAAAGCGCGAUCGGGACUCCCACGAGUCUGACGAGCCUAAGUACGUGCACCCCGAGCACAAGAACCCGGAUGAGUUCAAGUCCGCGUUCGGACAACUACACCAGCAGAAGAGAGUCGACUCUCCGCCGGAUAGGAGACAUCAUCAGGCUUUGAAUGAUAAGGCGAGGGUGUAUGAUUGAUUCGAAGGAUGGCUGUCGCGCAAGCAAAAAAGGAAGAUAGGAAUAUGGAGUGUUAACAUGUUGGGACUUAUACAUCCCAUUGA